UGUCUCAGAUUCAUUCUUAAGGAACUGAGAACUUAAUCUUCCAAAAUGUCAAAAAGACCAUCUUAUGCCCCACCUCCCACCCCAGCUCCUGCAACACAAAUGCCCAGCACACCAGGGUUUGUGGGAUACAAUCCAUACAGUCAUCUCGCCUACAACAACUACAGGCUGGGAGGGAACCCCGGCACCAACAGCCGGGCCACGGCAUCCUCUGGUAUUACGAUUCCAAAGCCCCCAAAGCCACCAGAUAAGCCGCUGAUGCCCUACAUGAGGUACAGCAGAAAGGUCUGGGACCAAGUAAAGGCUUCCAACCCUGACCUAAAGCUGUGGGAGAUUGGCAAGAUUAUUGGUGGCAUGUGGCGAGAUCUCACUGAUGAAGAGAAACAAGAAUAUUUAAACGAAUACGAGGCAGAAAAGAUCGAGUACAAUGAAUCUAUGAAGGCCUACCAUAACUCCCCCGCGUACCUUGCUUACAUCAAUGCGAAAAGCCGCGCCGAAGCCGCGUUAGAGGAGGAGAGCCGGCAGAGACAGUCGCGCAUGGAGAAGGGAGAGCCGUACAUGAGCAUCCAGCCUGCGGAAGACCCUGACGAUUACGAUGACGGCUUUUCCAUGAAGCACACGGCCACCGCCCGUUUCCAGAGAAACCAUCGCCUCAUCAGUGAAAUCCUCAGCGAGAGCGUGGUGCCGGACGUCCGGUCAGUCGUCACCACGGCUAGAAUGCAGGUCCUCAAGCGCCAGGUCCAGUCCCUCAUGGUUCACCAGCGAAAACUGGAAGCCGAACUUCUUCAGAUAGAAGAACGGCACCAGGAGAAGAAGAGGAAGUUCCUGGAAAGCACAGAUUCGUUCAACAAUGAGCUCAAAAGGCUGUGCGGGCUGAAGGUGGAAGUGGACAUGGAGAAGAUCGCGGCAGAAAUUGCCCAGGCCGAGGAGCAGGCCCGCAAGAGGCAGGAGGAGCGGGAGAAGGAGGUGGCGGAGCAGGCGGAGCGCAGCCAGGGCAGCCUGGCCCCCGAGGAGGAGCAGGCAGCCAGCAAAGCCGAAGAGAAGAAGGACGAGGAGAGCAUCCCGAUGGAGACAGAGGAGGCGCACCUGGAGGAGGCAGCGGAGAGCCAGCAGAACGGCGAGGAGGGCACGUCCACACCCGAGGGCAAGGAGAGCGGCCAGGAGGGCGUCGACAGCCUGGCCGAGGAGGGGACCAGUGACAGCAACACCGGCUCCGAGAGCAACAGCGCCACUGUGGAGGAGCCGCCCUCAGACCCCGCCCCGGAAGAUGAGAAAAAGGAAUAAACGUUGCCUUGUUCUAUGUGUCCUAGAUACUUUUUUAAAUGAAAGAAAAACGUUUUUCGGUUUUAAGGUGUUACGUGGUCUGUGUAUUAAUUUUUUUUGUCCAUAUCGCACCACCAAAGGCUUUUGGACCAUGAGCAUCACGAGCCCAGGGGCGCGGCCACCUUCCCUAGGCUGUGAAGAUGGCCCUUUCCUUUGCGUCUCGUUGCUGGCCCCCGGCUGCCGAAGGGCUCAGAGUCCAGACUGAGGAACGCCCAGCUCCGGAGAGUUACCUUCCGUGCUGCAGGACCUCCUCCGACAAAUGCCUUCUCCAGCUCACUCGGUGCUUACCAAAGCCAUAGCUUUAAACCUGCCCCAUCCCUGCCAGCGGCUUCCUGAGUCCCUGCGGUGUACGCGUGCAGAGACAGCCCGAGAACAGUCGCGUGGGAGCGUUUGUGUGUGUGUGUGUGUUUGCCUUCCCUGUCCACUUUUGAUCAGUGUCCCGUGCCAUGCGUGCUGUCACGGGGUGGAGCGAGCCCGUGGCUGGCUGCCCUCGGGCGGUGCUGGCCCGGGUGCAGUGUGUGUCCCUAGGUAGUCCGUAGCUGAGGAAGUAGUCUUACGUGGCGCAGCUCGUGCGCAGUGUCUGUUGCUUUCUGUCCUAAUUCAUACGGGGAACGUUCUGGUGAAUUCGUCCUUAUUGUACAGGGGGGAAAGUAUUUUUUUUAACCAGGUUUUCCAAAGACAGAAUAGAUCACAAGUAUUCUAUUAAGGAGUGGGACAUUUUUGUAACGGACUAGAUAAUGACCAGCCCAUUCCAGAAGAAAAACGGCUGGGAAUUAAGUUCGUCCACUUGAAAUGGUUUUACAAUAAUCAAAACAUUCAAAACCUCAAGGCUCAGAUCCCAGAGGUCAGAGCCAACCUUUUUGAUAAACUCUUGGUAAAGCUUUGGAGACUAGAAGCAAGAUAGUUUGUGACAUGUACGCUUCCUAAAAACUAGCAUAGAUUUUUACUGAAUAGUGGUAUAUCUGAUGGUCUAUGUUUCUUAAAGGUCCAAAUGUAAUAAAAAAACAAAAAAAAUGG